GAAGUAGAGCCAAGCAUAUUAAUUACCCAAAGUAACACUAAAACUAAAACCUCACGAUUCUCCAUAGAUAAUGAAAGAGGUGAAGAGACUAUGGGAGGAAGUGAGGGAGGUAAGCCUUGGAAACAAUGGUGAAGUAGAACGCCUAAACUCUGCACCAACACCUCUCCAAUUCCUUAGGGAUUAUGUCUCUCAAAACAAACCCUUUAUUAUAAAAAACCCCAACCUCCAUUGGCCAGCUCUUUCUCUUUGGCCCCAACCCUCUUAUCUCUCCGAAAAACUCUCUUCAUCUCUCGUCUCUGUCCACCUAACGCCCAAUGGCCGCGCUGACUCAAUCGUCAACCACCUGGGUUCUUUAUGUUUCGCUUCUGCGCACGUGGAGCCCAUGCCAUUUGAUGAAGCCGUAAAACUUGUAGCGAAUUCGAAUUUGCAAGAUUCUAAAUUUGUGGCUUACUUACAACAGCAGAACGACUGCUUCAGGUCUGAGUACUCUGUUUUGGGCUCGGAAUGUGAUGAACAUAUUCCUUGGGCUACUGACGCUCUUGGAUGUUAUCCUGAGGCAGUUAAUCUUUGGAUUGGGAAUCAUUUGUCAGAGACCUCUUUUCAUAAAGAUCAUUAUGAGAAUCUAUAUGUGGUUGUUUCCGGUAAAAAGCAUUUUCUUUUACUUCCUCCUACUGAUAUCCAUCGUAUGUACAUUCGUCAAUAUCCUGCUGCUAAUUACUCCUAUUCCCAGGAUGUGGGAGAGUUUACAGUAGAACUUGAGAGGCCGAGGAGAUAUGUGCCUUGGUGUAGUGUGAACCCAUACCCUUCUCUGGAGAUGAGAGAAAGUGAAAUGGCUAAAUUUCCCUUGUUUUUUGACGGGCCUAAGCCAUUUGAGUGUACCGUCAAUGCAGGAGAGAUUCUUUACUUGCCAAGUAUGUGGUUUCACCAUGUUAGACAGAGUGCAGAUGAGAAUGGACUAACUAUUGCAGUAAACUAUUGGUACGACAUGCAAUUUGAUAUAAAAUAUGCAUACUUCAAUUUCCUGCAAUCAAUUCAUUGCAAAUCACCCCACGAGCCAACAUUGCCAGAAACUGAAUAAGGAGACUCAAGAUCAGUUGCAUCUGCACCAAAUGAAGAGGAGGCUGAUAAAAUGAGUGACGCUGAAUGAGCACAGAUUUGGUAGCCUGGUCGAUGAGGCAUUGUGUUUUGUAGUACCCCAUCUCUGUCCAUUUGUUUCCCUCAAGGUGGCAGUUAAAAUCAUUUGUGAUGAACUCUUCAAAAUUUCUAAAUCUAUCAUGAAAUUGUUGUAUCUCACGAAACAAUUUGUUAGAUAAUAUUUUUCCUAUUUCAUCCAUUACACUUUAUUAA